AUGCGUCGACUUCUCUAUGUGCAUGUAUUCCUGUGCUGCCUCAGUAUGGCUCAUCCCUUCUGUCCAUCCCAGUGCACCUGUGUCUUCCAUGGUCGUACCGAUGGAGCAGGAACCAGAUCUGUGGUCUGCAAUGAUCCAGACAUGUCUGAUAUCCCUGUCAACGUCCCUGUGGAUACGGUCAAACUUCGUAUUGAGAAAACCAUGGUACGGCGAAUCCCAACAGAAGCUUUUUACUACCUGGUGGACCUACGGUACCUGUGGAUAACUUACAAUUCCAUAAGCUCAGUGGAUAGUGCAAGUUUUUACAACCUCAAAGUGCUCCACGAGUUGAGGCUGGAUGGAAAUAUGAUCUCAAUGUUCCCUUGGGAGUCUCUGAAAGAGAUGCCCAGGCUGAAGACACUGGAUCUACACAACAACAGAAUCACUCAUGUUCCCACUGAAGCAAUACCCUACCUCCUCAACAUUACCUACUUGGAUCUUUCCAGCAAUAAAUUAGCCACUCUACCCUCAGAUUUCAUGGAUAUCUGGCCACCCUUCAAUGGAGCACCAAUCUCCACUAAUGCCUCCCAGAAAGUUUUGUUAGGCCUCCAAGAUAACCCCUGGUUCUGUGACUGUAAAAUAUCCAAGCUGAUUGAGCUUUCCAAAAUGUCUGGCACACCAGUGGUUUUGAUGGACCUAUACAUGGCCUGCAGUGGACCAGAGAAUAUAGCUGGUGUCCUUUUUCAGCGUGCUGAACUUGACAACUGUGUAAAACCAUCAGUCAUGACUUCGGCAACUAAGAUCACAUCUGAUUUGGGCAGUAAUGUCCUCCUGCGAUGUGACGCCACAGGGUUUCCAACACCAACUCUUUACUGGGCUAAGUCAGAUGGCUCACUAGUCAACAACACAGUCCAGGAGUCACCUGGAGACGGCAUCAGAUGGUCCAUCAUGAGCUUGCAUGGAAUAUUGUUCAAAGACGCCGGGAACUACAGUUGCAAAGCUAAGAAUGAUGCUGGAAACGCAGAAGCAACCAUUUCUCUCUCGGUUGCUGGUGCUACCAGUACCACCAUCCUUCCACUGAGGCCUGACAAAACUGAACCAACUAGCCAAGGCACAACAUUUACUCCUCCAACAUACACUCCAAACUCACCCACCAUCACAUCCACAGUUCUUCCAAGAACUUCAACAUCUGCUGUCCCUAAGAAGCCAAAAACUACGACCAGCGACAGUUUACUGAAAGGCUCAAUCAAACCAGCAAAAUCCCAGCAAGGAGCUAAUGGGAGAAAGCUUGCAGCAGAUGAAAAGAGCAAGAAAAGUGAUGCAUCAAAGUCUGUCAAAGACCUUAAGAUUGUAGAGGAAACAUCUGACACUGCAGUAUUGCUCUGGACAGCAGAUGGCUUACCAAAUGAUACCCCACUCACAGUUGUAUACUCACCUUAUGAUGAGGACGAUAUCAAAAGGACAGUGGAGACUAAUGCUGGCAGUGGAAAAGUGUUCCUAGAUGGACUGUCACCUGGGAUGAGAUACUCUGUUUGCCUCAUAGCAAAAGGCAGUGCUGCUGGAAAAGAUCCUUGCAUUGACUUCUACACAUUGGUCAAUGUAGAGGACGGUGGGCAGAACCAGUUUUUCAUUAUCAUAAGUGGCAUUGCUUGUGCUUUGGUUUUGUCCCUUAUUGCAUUGUUGCUCUACAAGAUUCUGGCUCUGUACUGCAAGGGACACAGCACCAAUUUGGACCAAGAGGAGCUUGAAAAAGACAGCUAUGUCAAGUUUGAGACACUUUCAAUGAAACAAAGGACCUUGAACUCUCGUCCUACAGAGCUUUGGGCAAGGAGAGCGACUCAUGAAUCAGAGCGAAUGCUCCUGUGCUCCAGGUCCAGCAUUGACUCCCAGAUGACGUAUAAGAGUGACAGUUCCCGGUCUGAGUAUCUCUGCUGA